AAUAAAUCCUCAUUUCUGCUCUCACAUUGUCAUUUAACAGUCCUGUCAUAAUUGACUGAAAACAUUGACUUCGAACAAGCUCUUUGUUGUAUUUCAGGCUAGACUGAGUACGUUCUGAUGCAAAAAGGAUUUUCUGACGUAAAUCCAGCACUCUAAUCAGAAACUCAAGAGGUGUCUCAUUUGCUGCCUGUGUUGCUUUGGUAAGCUGUUGAUAUAACACAGUUGCAUCUGUCUCAGCAUAAUGAGCUCUUAGUACUUGUCUCAGGUUGGUCAAAGUGAGGUCUGCUUUUCCUUCUAAAUAGCUCCUUAGCUUCAGUCCAGGGCUUAUGGCACGAACCACAGCCUCCACUAUCUCAGUUUCAGGGUAGCCCAUUCUCAAGCCACUUUCAAUCUGGUGCUCCAAACUACUGAAACUCAAGGUCUCUCUAGAUGUUGAUUCACUCACGUGACCAUUAAUCCUGAAAUCUUUGCGGAAUCCAACUGAAGAAGCAUUACAGCAGCUGUUGUUAUUGAUAGAGUCUCUCCCUCUGCGCUGAGUCCCGCUGUCUCGCAUCGUCCUGGGGGCCUCGUGGUGCUGCUCCAGCGACGCCUCCGCCGCUGUAGGUCGGUCCUCAUCCGGCGCCUGGUCCGCUGUGGCGAGCUGCUCCGUGCGUGCAGUCUCCGGGGUCGCCUGGGCUGCUGUUCCUGCACCGACAGCUGAUGACCGUGCCAAUAUCAGCGCGUCCAGCACAUCAUUUAACUCCAAUAGCACAGACAUGCCCUCGUCUUCACUUUGUAAAAGCUCAUCUCCAUCACAAAAUUCAAUUAUGAGCUUAACAAGAGCUCUGCGACUUUUACUCUUGAUAUUUUCAUUGUCUUUUGCAGUGAUAUUACAAAGUUCACAUACUCUUAGCAGUUCUUGUACAUAUAGUCCGCAUAUUUUCUGCUCCAGUUGCAACAUAAACUCUUCACGGUGCUCAGACAUGCUUGCAGAAUGUCCUUUCCCAAUGAAUAUGACCAAAAAAAAACAACACGGUUUGUGUCGCACUAGCUAGGCUUAUGUUAUAGCUUAGCCGUUAGCCUCUCGCUCUGGCACACUUUUUACCGUCUUUUUGUUGCUUUAUUUUCAGUCUCUCUCUCCAUGAGGUAAUCCAAAAAAUACAUCUCGGUGGGACCUCCAAAUGUUACACCACUUCAGAACCACUUGGUGUAGAAAAAAACGAGUCUAUUCUUGAUUUCCUCAAAAGGUUUAUUGCAGCAUAUUUCUCCUGUUGCAUUUUUCAGCGCGGCUAAAGCAUGAGCACAUUUAAUCAAAAAAAAAAGGAACAGCCUUGACCAAUCACUGGUCUUCAGAGAAAACAACCUGUUGGGUGUGGCUGCCACCUAGUGGUGCAGAUGUAUAAUUACAUCAUGUAGCCCACCUAUCCUUAUGUUAUAUAGGAAAGGGCCCUGAGUUCUUUUAGUUAUAAUCUCGUAUGAACAGUCUUACCUGACUCUCUUGGAUCUAUGUAGCAAACACUUCAAUUCCUAAGCUAAACAUUCAGUGUAAUGUGCAUAAUAAAUUAGUUUAUGGACCCUUUAAAGCAAUAACUGUAGCAGAAAUAGUUAAACUACAACAAAUCCCACUUUAAUUAAACCCAGAUUCAUGGGAAUGAAUGCACAUAAACAACAAACACAACCACAACUCAGCUUCACAUCAACCCAAUGUCAUCAUAAUAAUAAUGCCAAUACCGAAAUAAUCACAAUAACGGUUUUUCUAUUUGAAAUUGUCUCUUUGGCUAGGGUGUGCACACCAUUAAUUAGUCUCAAAGCCGGCAAUUAGUCCCAAAAAAACAAAACACAAGGCGCAGGCCUGAUACGUUGCCCGGGAUUCCUCAAAGAAACUCCACAGUUCUUCACUCAAUAAUGAGCAAACAAAGCAAUAAGCAUGAUACCUCUGUUCAGCGAACUGUCUGCGUCCAGUGACUCCUACCGGUCCUAUAACCUCGGUCCAUUAGCAGACGGAUCGACGACACACUGCAGCUCCAGCGGCGCUCUCCUCGUAUUUCCCACGUUGCCAGAGGAACUCUGAGCUUUUCCGGUCACUCAGAGCGCUAUCUGGUAUCCCUCUCGUGGUCUCCAGGUCGGACACAAUCCAGGAUAGGCUACGUGGCUAGCUGCGUUAGCUAACUGAAACCACAGUCCGAUUGUAAUGCUAAUUAGCUUAGCCGUUCACUUAGCUAAUGAACGAAAGCAUGAGUAACAGAACUUCGCUUAGAAAUUAUCUGUGGCUUACUCAGCGGUCUCGUGGCACUCUCUUCAAAGACUAUCUUACUGACAAUCUACAGCACCGAAAUAUGCAGACAAACUCAGCAAUAUAAACACAAACUCUAGCAUUAGCGCUCGCUGCCUGAACACGUGCGUCUGUCUCUCUCUGCCGUCCGCGUCGUUCCCCCCCUGUCUCUCUCGCUGCCUGUACGUCACUUCCGCAUUCACAGCUCAAAGAUCACAGGUCAAAGAACAAACAGGAUCACAACUAAAUAUUUUGAAAAUGAAAUAAAAUAUUCACAAUCAAACAUUUUAACCAUGAAUUUAACAAUGCAAGUCACAAUGAAAUGUAUGGAUUUUAACAACUGUUUAAUAAACUAUUUAUUGUUGACUAUUUAAUAUUUAUUUAUUCAAAUGUACUUCCUAUCCCUGAUUUUAUUAAACCGUAUUCCAACACUACUACACAAAGUUUGAAACUUUUAGCCUGGCUUCAAUCAUAAAAUAAACAGUUGAACUUUUAGCAUUAAACAAUUAAUUAUAAACGUUUUAGCAAUAUUUGGACAUUGUUUAGCAUAUCACUUAUUCAAGUGCUACAUCUACAGAUACAGACCCAUACCCGUAGCCUGUGGCCUACGGAUACGGCACUUUCCCUUACUAUAAAUAUUAAUGAGACGUACAUGAAUAUUAAUGAGCCGGCUGAUGAACGCGCUUUGUGAUUGGCUAGUAAUCCGACGUACAUAAAUAUUAAUGACCGGCUUGGUAAUCCGAGUGAUGAAAACGCUUCCGUGAUUCGAGGUGAAUCUGGGUGCCGAGCCUGUCAUGUCAGUCAUCUGCUGUUCUCUUUUCUAUCAUGCAUAAUGUCUUAUAAAUAUCAUUAUCUGACUUUUUCACGGACAGCGAUUUGGGGGUUGAAGUCAGCACUACUAUUAAAAAUAGCAAAACUUUUUAUUCACGUGACCCUGUUCUAAUAAAGCACAAACAGCAAACAAAACAAAUGGCGGAACUAACAGCCAGCAAACUACAAGUAUUUUUUUACCUUCAAAAGUAGCGACAGACUAUUACAUAUUAACAACCUAAACAAAACCCUGACGUAUUUUCUACGUCUGUCAACACAGACACUGCACGUCAGUCACUUUAAUGUUAGCGGACUCCGUUGAAUGGCUAAGUUACAUAACCACAAACAAAUUUCACAAUAUCACAGUAAAUCGAGUUUGUGUUUUUUUUUUUUAAUUCAUGCCGAAUUAAAGAGCUGCUCCUCACCAUUCACGAGUGUUUGUUUCAUAUUCGACAUCCUUAAUUUUAUCUUGUAAAUUAGCGUCUGAAAUUAAAUGGGAACAUUUGCAAUGGAGUUCGUCAGCCGCUUCCACCACUGAACGCGGUAAACUAAUUAAUAGGAGCUGGACUUCAAACAAUUUAGACACGGCGUCUAAAAGCGUAAAAACUGCAAUGUCUAAAGUGUGAGAGGAGACGGUGUAUUUUUGGUGAAAUUAUACAAUGUUCGCCGUCAAAGUGAUUCAUAUAAACUGCCUGUAAUGUGCAGCAAAUAGUAGUUAACCGGCGCCAACUCUUCAGUGACCUUAACGGGUCCGUACCUCGAGUACAGAUGCUACAGGUACGGGUCCGUACCUGCAGCAUCAACCUUUUCUUUAAGAACAUUCACAUAAUCCAGAGAAAUUCACUGGAUUUUGAAGUUGAUUUUUUUGUGAAUAUUCUUAAAGAAACAUGUCUAACGUUUCCUUUUUUCCACCAAAAAUGUUCAAAACUUUCCCAAAAAUGUUAAAAUGUGGACAUCAGAAGUUUCACUGUGAAAAUAUUUUUUUUUCCACAUUUUCUAACUUUAAAACGGAUCAAUCUGAGCCUCAGGACGACACGAGGGUGAACUGAAGAUCAGAUUUUUCUCUCCAUACUACAGUCCUGCUCAUCUUCUCAGAAAUCAGCAUUGAAUUUCCAGUAUUUCUGUCUAAAUGUUCUUCCUGUUUCAGGCAUUAAUGGAACAGUAAUUCCACAGGGAUCAGUAGUAGGAGCCGCUCACAUUUCAGUCUGACAGACACAUUUGAACAUUUCUAGAGUUGUCAGCCACAGAUCUGUUCUUGAUUUACAGCUUCCAUGAGGCCUGAUCCAUGAAAACUGUCUGAAAUUAGGAUCAUUAUGUCUCCAUUUGUGCCAAAUGUUUUGAUUGUAUUUGUGCUCCACAUAUUUGGUAGGGAGUCUAUCCAACCAUUGGUCAGGAACACAAUUCACUAAAAUAUGAUCAGUUUGUGUUUGCUUCUAAAUUCUCUUCUAAUAGAGUUUCUUGUUGCUGUCAUUUCUCAGUCAGCGUCUUCACUUCUUUCUGCACUUUUCCCACCUGUUCUUCCAGCUCCACUCUUUUCUUCUUGUAUUCGGUAACCUCCUCUCUCAUCACUGCUACCAGGCUGCACUUUUCCUCCAUUUUUCUGCUCAGCUCUUCCAUGUGUUUUUCCUGGAUAUCAAACCUGUUUGUCAGCAGAUUGACAGCUUCUAGGAUUUUCUUCCAGGUACCAAUGAGUAGUUGUCAUCCAAACAUCCACAAAGGAAGAGAAAAUGAGUCUCCUUUCUGUUCAGAGUCCUACACUUCAUUUAUUUAGACUAAACUUCAGAUGAAACAAACUAUGAGGGAGCGUUUGAAGAUUUCAGGAAAGUGUUGCUGCUCAGAGCUCCAUCUUACUGGAAGUCUCUCUGAUCCAACUAACAAGUCAGGACUCUCUGGGAUUCAAUCUGGGAAAAGUCAUGUUGUUGAUCCACCACUAGAUGGCAGCAGAGACUCACACACACACCUCUGUCCCCACAAACAUCAACAAUCAAUAACAAUACUGAUACAACAUCAACAAAUAAACCAAGAUUAACAAUAUUUGUGAUAGUUUUGAGUCAUAUUUUUGUAAUUUUUCAUAUUUUUUGCGGUUAUGAGGCAUAUUUCGGUCAUUUUUUAAAAUCUUUGUGGUAGUUUUAUCUCAUAUUUUUGUCAUUUUAUACAUAUUUGUGGUAGUUCUGUCUCAUAUGUCGGUCAUUUUAUGCAGAUUUCUGGUCGCUUUAUCCAUUUCUUGGUCAUUUUAUUCCUUUUUGUGAUAGUUUUAAUACUAAUAUUUAAAUGAAUCUGAUUAUUCUCCAUCAUUUCUAACACUGUUGGCUCUAAACCUUCAUAUUUCAACAUGUUAGUUUCUCUCUAUGAUCAGUAAUACUGGAGGGUCUGAACCUCAGAAUGCAAUACACUGUAAAGAGACUGAAGCUUUUACUUGGAUUUUAUUUUAGAAAUAAGUCUUGCUUUUCCUUUAGAGUGAAACAGAAACUGGUAGAGUCAACUUUUCUUCCGAUAAUUGAUUAUGGUGAUGUGUUGUAUAUGAAUGCCUCCAGUCAAUGCCUCCACAUGCUGGAUUGUGUGUCUCAUGGUACUCUGAGGUUUAUUAAAAACUGUGGAGUUUCAACUCAUCAUUGUGUCUUAUACGGUAAAGUAAAUUGGCCUUCAUUAUAUGUGCGCCGGCUUGGCCAUUGGUAUGUGCUGAUUUACAAGGCCAUUCUUCAGAUGACUCCAUCUUAUUUAUCACUCCUUUUAACUCCAUCUAAUAGGUCCUACAGUCUCCAAUCUCAGGACUUUUUACAUUUUACUGUUCCUAAGGUCAGAACAGAAAUGGGGAAGAAAGCUUUUAGAUUUUCUGCUCCAACUACAUGGAACACUUUGCAAUCAGAGCUCAAACUCCAAAGUUUGGUAUCUCUGAAUGUUUUUAAGUCUAUGAUAAACUCCAUCACACCCAGGCUUCAGGAGUGCAAAUGUCCAAUUUAACUGAAGUGUUUGACUAAUCCUUUUGAACUCUUUUCACCAAGUUUUUUUAAAAUCCAAUUGUAAAUUGUAUGUCAUUUGUAUUUUUUAACUAUAUUUGUAACGUGUUGAAACUUUAUGUGCUGCCAAUCUUGGCCAGGUCUCUCUUGUAAAAGAAAUCUUGGAUCUCAAUGGGACAAACCUGGUUAAAUAAAGGUUAUGAUGAUAAUAAUAAUAAUAAUAAUAAUAAACUGCUUCAUUUCAUUUGUCAAACCAAUCUGAUUUAUCUGCAGGAAAAACUGAUUUCAAGAAAAAGGACAUUUCUAAGUGACCUCAAACUUUUGAACAGUAGUGCAUAUUUAUUUAAUGUCAUAUUUUUUUUAAAUUAGACAUGCAAGAUUAUAAGUAUAUAAGUGUGUAUAAGUAUAUAUAAGUUAUAUUGAUGAUAGCUCGUGUCCUUGUUCCUCUUUUAGCACACAUCACACAGUAUUACAUUGAAUAAGAACAUUCAAUCAUCAAAUCCAAUCAUUUUCAUAACAAGCUGCUGUGGAGGCAAAACCUUUUUGUUCUUUGCAAUAAAUCUUUUCUUAAUUUAUUCAGAGCUCUGAAGGUACAGGUGACACAGAGUGCAAAGCAGUCUAUGUGUCAAGUCAAACUGGAAGGAGCUGAGAACUCAAAGGAGAAGCAUUUACGCACAGGUCCUACACUCAGCUGGGGCGGAAACAAUCUGCGCCUGCAGGUUUGCCACCGGCGGCAUACAAGGGGACACACGCAGCACUGAGGAGGAACUGAGAAUGAAUGACCGCGUUCAAACAAAGUGUCCGUGAGUUUCUGUUGGAAAAACAUCAAGAUCUGCGGCAAACUGUGCAGGAUUGCCUUCAUCUCCAAAAUCCGUGUUGCAGCCGGUUUUUCACCUUAAUCUAUCAACUAAACGUAUGGACUUAUGGAAGUUGUCACCUCUGUAUCUCAUGAAUUUGCGACCACUGCAAAAUGAAAGAGGGAAAAGAAAGAAAGCAACUGUCUGAUUGAUGAGUGGAGUCCUGCUCAAACCCUGGUGAUUGGCAGGAGGAGCAGAGAAAUGUUGACAGCCAUUUUUUCUGAGCUCAACAACGGAGGAAACAUGGAUUCUUCACAAAAAAAUGGCAGCUGUUUGCUGUCUACUGGGGUGAGCAGACGCCACUGUUGCGCGGCCAGUUGACCGAGCCAUCUUGCCCAGGGAGCGAUCUCGGGGACCAGGAGGGACUGAUAACAGAGUGCGGUAGUGCGAGGAUACGUGGAGUAGGAGAAGCUUGCAGAGAAUUGGAGAAAGCCGGCAAGUAAACAAACAAACAGCCUGGUUCCUCUUCUGCUUCUGCGACGUCAUAGCGCCUGAUUGGCGUGUCGUAGUGACGUUCCAAACCCGAUUAACGUGAGUUUAUUUUUAUAUAUACUCGACUAUGUAGUCCGGCAUUAGUGGCAAUAUAUAUAACGAGUACAAAUAAUUAUGAUAAAAGAGAAUGUAUUUGCUUUGCCCAGUGCCAGUGUGUAGCCUCUGUCGGGUCUGACUUCUGCGUAACGUGACACGGGUCACGUGAUCAGUACCUCUCCUUUACUGCUGUGGAGCUUUUUGUGUGUGGGCUGAAGGGCACCAAGGAAGAAAAGGACACUGGUGGGGGGGGGGGAAACAGAAAAAAUGUGUUGAAAGUAUUGUCUGUGCCUAUCAAUGUAUUCAAUAUAUAAUGCAAACUUGAUUUCUGUCUUGUUGCUUGUUUUUUUAUUGUUUAUUAUUUUUGUGACACUCUCUAAGUAAAGGGCAUGCAUAGUGUUGGAAGUGUAUGGUCCUUGUGUAACGGUGGGUAAAACAAACAAUAGUGUAAAUAAGAUAGUAGCAUAUCCUAUAUGUUGGGAGGGAUACCCAACUGGCACCCCAGUACAAUAACUAUAGAAGGGAAGAUAAGGUCAAACUGUUACAUAAAAAAGUGGCACCCCAGAUGGGACUUGAAUAGAGUGUUGCACUGUAUGGAAACUUACAACAUCCAUAGAGGGGAACAAGUAAUAUGAUAAGAAGGAAAAAAUGAGUACAGAAGAUAAAACAAUGGACGGUUUUAUUGAUGCAUUAAUUGAAAAGGCAUCCCCCCCCCAACCACAAAAUGCACUACCACCUGUAACAUGCUCCACAGCAUAUUCACUUUUGGACAUGGAAUUGACAGGAGAGGAUCUACUGAAGUCUCCGUUGUCAGCUCAGUCUGUUACUCCCCAACCGAGUGAGUCUCUGGCCAUAUCUGGAGUUCAGUCCCAAAUGGUGAACCUAAAUCAAAAGGUGGACGGAAUGAAAAAAUAACAUGAAAACCACUCUCAUAGAGAUAAUGAAUGAGAAACAGAAAGAGUAUUUGGGACAUAUGGACGCUCAGAUGGAGUACAUUCUCACUCAGUUCAAAGCGACGUUGAGUUGGAGAUUGAAACAUCAUCAUACGGAGGUUCUCCAGGAAAUCAGCACCCUGCUUGCCCCAGUGACUGGAAGUGUUGCCUGUUUAUAUGAGGAGUUCACCCGCUUGCAGGGGGAGCUCUCUCAUUGUUCUAAAUUAGUUAAAGACAUGGCAGAGGAAUUUAUUGCAAGAAGUCAACCUAACCAGACAGAUAUGGUAGAUCAAUCCACUUCAAUUGUUUUCCAAGACCUGCCACCUAUAGUCACUUUUAGCAGGUCAAGACUUGAGUCUACAGCUCGUCAUCCAGCAAUUGGAGAACAAACGGCGCCAGUCCUUACCCCCUUGCCUUUAAAGAAAAGCAGAGAGACAGGGAAAAGCCCAAUUAAGUUACAAUUUCCUACAUAUGGGAAAUUAGAGGAUCCUUCAGACCCAUUACAGUAUUUAGAGCGCUGUGAAGACUAUUCGCUUAACUCACUGUCCGAUGAAGAGCUGAUGGCCACACUACGUAACGUGCUACACGGUACAGCCAGAGAUUGGUGGGAUGUUGCAAGGCAUAAAAUUCACACUUGGACAGAUUUCCAAGACCAGUUCCGAGCUGCGUUCCUCUCUGAGGACUAUGAAGAUGAGCUCGCUGAAAGGAUACGAACUCGAGUUCAAGGAGAAAAUGAAAGUAUUAGAGACUUUGUAUAUAUGUAUCACUCACUGUGCAGACGCUGGAAAUCGAAUAUUGAGGAGGAAGAUAUUAUUAAGUUGAUUCUAAAACAUAUCAAUCCCUCCUUGGCCAGCCAACUGCGUAGUAGCCGAGUCACCACUGUGGACGAGCUUGUUCGUUUGGGCCAGCAGUUGGAACAAGAUCGAGAUAAUCAACAUCACUAUGAUCAACGGAGGCAUGAAGCUGCAACACCCAGGCCUGCUGAAUCUCGACCACCAACCACUGAACAAACUGUGCGGCCGAAGACACAGAAUUAUAAUCAAAAACGGCCACCUGAACCAUUCUGUUGGCGAUGUAAGGGGAACCAUUUACCUGUCGUUUGUCCACAUGGAGGCUCUAAUCGGACCUCAUCACCACAAGGUCCUUCUCAGCCGGUAGCUAGACCAUCUCCGGUCCAAAACAAUCCUGCCACCGUUGGGUCUCUUACUACUUCGGAACCCCAGAGUGAAGUUGGGGUUGCUUUUCCCACCUCGGGUCGAUCUCUGCCAGUCCAGUUAAGAGUUCCUGUGACCCUUGGACCUUGGCAAGGAACUGCUAUCCUGGACACAGGAUCUUCAUAUACUCUGGUCAAUGAAAGGGUGUGGUCAGAACUUAAUGGAAAUAUUCAGCCCUGGGAGAGAGGGCCUUUGUAUUUGGCUGAUGGACAAGAAAGACAACCGUUUGGAUGGAGCGAAAUAAUCAUUACUGUACAAUCCCGAGCCAUUAGACUACCUUGUGUAAUCCUGCCCGUUCAAAGCCUUGCUUUUUCUGUGGUGCUGGGUCUUGAUUUCAUAUCCCUUUCCGGUCUACAAUUUGAUGUUUCGGAGCAGAGAUACUGGUUUAAAUUUAACCAGAGAAAACACUAUCAGUUCCUGCAAGAGUCAGCCACAUUGUCAAACUCACCCUCACAUCAGGUUGCCUUCUUCUCUGCUGUUGCUCCAACCCAAUUAUUAACAACUCCAUCAUGCCUUGAUCUCUUCCAGAACGCUGUCACCCAGGCUCACCUAGACGAAUUUGGUAAAAGAUUAUUAUAUUGCCAACUUCAGGAAAACUCUGCUGUGUGUACUGACGUUUUGGGAUGUACAGAGGUACUUACCCAUAAAAUUUACCUCUCGCAUGAUUUGCCCAUUAAACAAAAACCUUACAGAGUUUCUCCGGCCAAACUCCAAGUAAUUAAAGAACAUGUGGAUGACAUGCUUAAAAGGAACAUCAUUGAGCCCUCAUCCUCACCAUAUGCAGCUCCAGUUGUUCUGGUACCAAAAAAAAGUGACCCCAAACCUCGCUUUUGUGUUGAUUUCAGGAAGGUCAAUGCUGCUACUCAGACGGACUCAUAUCCUCUGCCCAACAUCCAAGAGAUCCUGGAAUCACUGGCUGGAGCUAGGAUUUUUACCACUCUAGACCUUAACAGUGGAUACUGGCAGGUCAAAAUGGAUCCAGACAGUUGUGAGAAGACUGCCUUUGUAUGUCCAUAUGGUUUAUUUCAGUUUAAAGUGAUGCCAUUUGGAUUAAAAAAUGCCCCCGCUACUUUCCAGCGGUUGAUGGAGAUUGUCCUUGGAGAGCUGCGUGGAAAUAUCUGUUUUGUUUAUCUUGAUGACAUUAUCAUCUACUCCCACUCUCAUCUACAACAUCAACAGGACAUACAAAAGGUUUUGGAUAAAUUGCGUGAAGCUAACCUCACAGUCAACAUGAAGAAAAGCCAGUUUUUCCGGACUUCACUUACAUUUCUGGGACAUGUUGUGUCAUCUGACGGUGUAGCAGUGGACACCGAGAAGAGCAAAGCUGUGCAGGAUUUUCCCGUCCCUCAGAACCUGAAACAGCUUCAGAGAUUUUUGGGCAUGGCUGGCUGGUAUCAUAGAUUUGUACCAAACUUCUCCACACUUACAGAACCAUUAAAUGCACUAAAAAGGAAGGGAGCAAAGUAUAUUUGGACUCCUACAUGCCAAACUUCAUUUGAGAAAUUAAAACAGCAUUUGACCUCUCCGCCAAUCCUUGGACAUCCUGAUUUUAACUUGCCCUUUGUGGUUUAUACCGAUGCCAGUGAUGUUGGUUUAGGAGCUGUGCUGGCCCAACAAACUGGACUGGGGACAGAGCAAGUGCUCGCCUUUGCCAGCCGUACCCUAAACGCAGCAGAGCGGAAUUACUCCACUACUGAGCAGGAGUGCCUAGCUGUAGUUUGGGCGAUUGAAAAAUGGCGUUAUUACCUGGAGGGGCGUCACUUUACUGUGAUUACGGAUCAUUCUUCUCUUGUCUGGGUUUUUAAAACACAGAAGCCAAGUACAAGGCUCAUUCGUUGGGCCUUGCGCCUCCAAGAAUUCUCAUUUACGGUUGAGUAUCGAAAAGGGAAAUCCAAUAUUGUUCCUGAUGCUCUAUCACGAGCUCCAUUGGAAAUGGAGUUUCCCCGUGCCACCUGUGCUGCUGUGCUCCGUUCUAACAGAGGAGUCAUUCCAUCUCAUUUCAACAAAUCUGAGGAAAUUUUGUUGCAUGACCUCCUCUGAUCAUCUCCAAACUUUUUUUUUAACUAUCCCAACAUAAGAAUAGAUUACUUGCAAAGUUUUAACAUCAUAUGAUUGCUAUUUGCUAAGUUAUAAAAUAUUUAAAUCCCUAUUUUUCCACUCGGAAAUUGAUAUGUUAGGUAGAAAGGCUUGAUUUAGGAAGAUAAUACUGGGAACUGACUGAUGAUAUAGACUUACAAGUGAUCUGAAGGGUUCAAACACCUUAACAAUAGAGCAGGAAAAAAAAAUUGGAAUGAAUAUACCCAUUUCUCUGUGGUACAGGGCAAUUUAAAAAUUUGGCGAAAAUGGCAUUUUUCAAGAAUUUAGGCAUUUUUUUCACAAAUUUUAAUAAGUAACAAGGUUCAUAUGUUAUAAAAAUCUCAAAGUACCUUAAAAGUUCUCUCUAACCUAAAAAUAUCCAAGAGCUAGCUAGUCUCCUUAGACCUCAAAACGAUGCCUAUUUAUGAAACAGACUGAAAAACACCAUACAUAUAUUGGCACAGAAACCAAUGUGGGACAUGGAGUAGAAACAUGAAACU